CUACCUCCCACUACCACAAUCUUCCAAUCACUCUCUCCCCCAACUCAACGCGCAUUUAUCUGUCAUAAAUAGAGUAGGAGAACGCCGCUGACAGUGGUGUGGGUAAACGUAGAUCUCAUCCAGACGUUUCAGAACCCCUCGAGAGUGUACCCCACUUGCUCUUCCGGGCCAAGUAAAUAAAUCAUCGUUCCGUCGAAAAAAUUUACUUUCCACCAGUGAUCAACUGAUAAAUCCUGUUUUCGGGAAUUUCGUGUGAGGUUAGGUCCAGGUGAACUGUCGAUUCGUAGGAUCUCCAGUCAUUCAACCCCAAAAAUAACAACAACAAGAAAACAAAUAGUUGCAGAAAGUGACUCUCCGACGAUAUUUCUCGUCAAUCGUAUUUUUGUCAGUGACUCUUUCAUUAUUUAGUUGGCGAGAGUAAUGCCAUGAUACUUCUCGUGUAAAGAGCAAGAUUUCUCUCUGGUGAAGUGGGGGAGCAAGGAUUUGGAGAAAUUUUUUGGGUUAUUUUUGGAGGAACAUGUUUGGGUGGAAAAGUACCAGCUACUUUGGACUUCUGAUUGUCUUUGCGGUUGUCAUAGAUUGCCAUGGACAAGUGGGCAAACCGUGUCAGACUGACUCGGUGGGUUCAUCGGAUUCCUGCGGUGUGAAUGAGAGAUGUGUGCAGAGUACAACAUUAAAUAACACUGCAAAAUGCGAGUGUCAGAGAGGUUUUAACGCAGUGGCUGGGGAUUGCAUUGUUGUGUCAACGACAACUGCUUCCCCCACAGAGUCUGCGGAUCACAUAAAUGAGCCCGAAUCUUCAGGCAGUUCUGUAGCAGUUGGAUUACUAGUCCCAACAUUUCUACUUCUCCUCGGUGGCCUUGGAUUCUGCAUUAUUAGACGAUACAGAUUGCUUCCCUGUCGUAGAAAUAUGUAUGGAAAUGUGUUGGUAACACGAGAGGAGGACGAUGACGACGAUCCUCCAAUCGCCUAAGUAAAUGAUUAAACUGAAAAAUCCUAAAGAAACGAUAAAGAAAAGACUGAGAAAUUUUCAACCUAAACAAAAAAGUCUCCAUUGUCAUCGAGAAUUGAAGUAAAACAAUGAUAUUUUAAUUUUAUAAUCCUAAACAUUUAAUUCAAGGGAAUUGAAAGUUCAGCCAUUUUCGCAUUCCCUUGGUUAUCAAAAUUACUGUUUUUAUUUCUUGUUUUCCAACUUGGUGGAAGGAUACCUCUGUUGAAUCGUUAAUCGUUAGAAGUUGAAGGGAAAAAAAACAGUAAUGCCGAGGCCAAAUGUGUAAAGAAGCGCUUAAACGCUUAAAUGCAUAUAUUUAUGUCUACAUGAUAUUCCAAGAGAAAAAAUAAGUCCAUUGAUUGCAGAUAACUUUAAGAUGCAUGUAAUGAAUGCAACUGUUAUUUCUGCAUAAUUAGGUUGUUGCGUGAUUUUUUAAAUGAGUUUUUUAAACAAAGUGAUUCAUAAUUUAGUGAAAAAUACUGUAUACCUAUUUUUUUUAUUUAAAAAACAAAAAUUAUUUUGACAAACAAAAUCGUACCUCAUGAGAUCAUAAGUUAGACGUUUUCAGUCGUAUGUUUUUCAUUUAUUUUUCACUACUUGUUUAAAGACAAACAGGUUUUUAUUCUUUUUCAACACCAAAAAUUGUCAUGCAAAAUCCCAAUUGUAAUUUUAUUUUCCAACACCUAGUAAAUUCGAGUAUCAAUGAGUUUAGCUAUGGUUCAGUGAAACAAAUGCAUAUGUAUUUUUUUUUUAUUAAAAAAUAAUCGAAAGCAUGGGUUAUCUGAAAAAUUUUUAUUCUUCCUCUGAACCAUACAAUUCAAUCGACUAAUACUAUUAUGUAAUCCUGAUGAAGGGUGUACUGGAAAAUGAUUUGAAAAUACUGUUCCUUUGGAGGGACAUUCUAAAUGAUGAUUUUCAAAUCAUUAGUUCUCAUUUUCGUAAAAGAGAUGAAUUUUUCUUCAUCAAUCAGUAAUCGAUUGUGGACUGAGAACAGCAUUUUUUUUUCUCAACAGAUUCUGGAAAACAAAGUGAAUAAAUUUUUGUAAAUAAAUAGUUAAAUGGCUCAAUUCUAGAGUAAUUGAUUGCAUUUCUUGCCAGUUUGUUUACUGUUACAACAAAUUAUAACUAUCAGUAGUUUUAUCCUGUAUUUCGACCUUUACUGUAGAGACAGGAGCAAUUCGUCAUUUUUACCAUAAAAGCACGUAAAUUUAUUAAUUAUAUAUAUGAUUAUUAUAUAUAUAUAAAUGUAUAUCAUUGUAUAAUACAUGAACACUAUUCUUGUACUCUAUUAUUUUUUGUACAGAAAAUGAAAACGGGAGGGUGAGCACAUUGAUGGAACAAAUCGAUUCGAGAAUAGGGACAAGUUUGUGACAGCUUUAAGUCGAUCAUAAUGAUUUUUUUAAUGUUUAAACUGAGGAUAAAUUGUGUUCUUUAUGUCCUCCAAUCAAUGAAAUUCACAGCAGAAUCGAGGGAACAAUUUAACGUGUAUUUUCUUCCCCAAAAACACUGUGAUUUAUACAAUAACCUGGCCAUUAUUGUUUGAUGCUUUUAUUUUAAUUAAAUAAAAUGUUGAAUAAUAAAUUAUCCAUUCAAAUA